AUGUCGUACUUUAUUCACAGACAAAUCACCUUCUCCAGUGAACAGAAGAAAGAAACAAACAAUAGUAAAGAUGCAAAAACCAUUGGUUUAGUUAAACGGUCAACUCAUGGUAUAUUUUCUGACGAAUCACCUUCUCCAGUAAAUAAAAGGAUGAAGCAAUUUAGUGUAUUGAUGAAAAAUAUUUUUGAAAUUAAAGCCCAGAAUUGUCGAAUCAUCUCUAACCAAGAGCGUAUAUUUAAUCAAUUAGCAGUCAAUGGUAAUAAUUGCCCUGAUAAGUCACUUGAAAAUGAGCAUUCUAUCCAUUACAAAAAAUUUCCAUUAAAAAACAAUGACGAUCUUGAUUAUAUUGAAGGCCUUCUUAACGAUGAUUCAUUUUACCAAUACUUGUCAAAAAUUAUUUCGAUGUACGGAGGAUCAGAUAUUGGUACUUUUGUAAAAACCUGUUUGGACAAUUUAUUUACAAACUCUUUAGGAACAAAUAUUACAAUAACCGGUAAAAUAAAUAAAUGUUUUGGAAAUGAACCUAAAUUGUCAAUAAAAACAUUAAAAUUAUUUCGUGUUAUUUGUGAAACUGGAAGAAAGAAAUUUCCCAAUAACUAUAUGGAUGAUAUUGUUAUUAAAACAACUAGUAGUUGGCUACGCCAUUCAAAAGAAAGGAUGAAAAGAAAAGAGGCUAAUGCCUAA